CAGCAGCCUGUGGGUUUAAAACGCCUGCAGAGCACGGUUCGACCGAAGAUCCCGGCCUGUUCGGUGGCUGUCGGCUGAUUUCCACCUGAACUCUUCCGCAGUUUCCUGCCGCUCUCGGGCUGUGACGUGUCGCGCUGACGGCGGCCUCGGAGCUGCGGGAGAAGCGGGGGGCUGUAGUAGCUUGACAAGAUCUGGCUCCGAGACGUCCUGCUUCGUUUUUCAGCGGUGUGCUCCAGAAUCAACCCCCCUAACCCCUCCUUCUCCGCUCGUCUCUGGCCCGCCCAAAUAACACAAAAUUCCCGACUGAAUCCGGCCCGAGUCUGGGGGAACUGGGCGGCCUGGGAAGCCGUGGAGCGGACCGAGGCCAUCCCUGCAGCAUAAAUCUGCUCUCCAGUAACAAAUGCAGUGCGAGGACAAUGGAUGAGGAUGUCACCAGGCUUGCAAUACAUUCUGGAGAGCCUAAAAUAAUCAUACACGGGUCUGAUGACGGUGGUGCCGGCGGGCAGGAGUUUGUUGUCGAGCUUCAAGAAACUGUGUUAGUUUCAGAAGGAGAGGGCGAAGGCAUGGCAGUGCACAGGUUUGCCCCAGAUGAGCUGGUCAUCCAGGAUGCUGUUGAGGAUGUGGUUUCUGAAUAUGUGCAUGGCGAUGACGAUGAAGAUGUUGCUGUAGAAACCUGCGUGAUGGCUCUGGACGGUGAGGAGGAAGGGGUUGCCAUGGGAGACAUCCCGGAYGAUGGAUUGGAUCCAGAGCAGCAGGAUGAUGACCAAGAUGGCUGUGGAGAUUAUCUGAUGAUAUCCUUGGAUGAAGCUGGUAAAAUGGUGUCUGAGGAUGGAACAGAGGUAACAGUGGAAGGAGCUGUGGAGGACCAGGAGGUGGAGAAGGAUGAAGAUGGACAAGAGGUGAUAAAGGUCUACAUCUUCAAGGCUGACUCUGGAGAGGAUGACAUGGGAGAAUCGGUUGACAUCAGUGACGGAGACGCAGAGAGCGUCGCCCUAACAGAGUCUACAGGUCAAACGCUCAGAGAGAAGAUGGUUUACAUGUCUGUCGGGGAUUCGCACCACAAUCAAGGAAACCACGGCAUAGACGACAGCGAGAGUUGUGAAAAUGGAAACGGGGCCGCCAGCGCCCUGCUGCACAUCGACGAAUCGGACGGGGUGGAUGAAAUCAACAGGCAGCGCAACAAGAACAAGAGGCGGUCGGAGCAUCGACAGGUCCAGACAGCAAUCAUCAUCGGUCCAUACGGCCAGCCGCUGACCGUGUACCCCUGCAUGCUUUGCGGGAAAAAGUUCAAGUCGCGGGGCUUCUUAAAACGCCACACUAAGAAUCACCACCAGGAUGUUCUGACCAGGAAAAAGUACCAAUGCACAGACUGCGACUUCACCACCAACAAAAAAGCCAGCCUCCACAAUCACAUGGAAGUGCACGCACUUAGCAGCAAGGCCCCGUUCGAGUGCGAAAUGUGCGGCAAGGAGUUCCACCAGCAGGGGGCGCUGUUCUCSCACAGACUGCAGCACCACCACCGGGAGCCCAAAACCCAGCCGCCGCCUCCGCCCACCAAGAUGCAUAAAUGCAAGUUCUGCAACUAUGAGACUGCUGAGCAGGGGCUGCUCAACCGGCACUUGUUGGCCGUCCACAGCAAAAGCUUCCCUCACAUCUGCGUGGAAUGCGGGAAGGGCUUUCGGCAUCCUUCCGAGCUGAAGAAACACAUGCGCACGCACACGGGCGAAAAGCCGUACUCCUGCAUGUACUGCGACUACAAGUCGGCCGAUUCCUCCAACCUCAAAACGCACAUCAAGACCAAGCAUAGCAAGGAGAUGCCGUACAAGUGCGAGCGCUGUUUCCAGACCUUCGCCGAGGAGGAGGAGCUAAUGCAGCACGGACUGACGCACGAGGAGAAUAAGACCCACCAUUGUGCCCACUGUGAUCACAAGAGUUCCAACUCCAGUGACCUCAAACGCCACAUCAUAUCCGUUCACACCAAGGACUAUCCGCACAAAUGCGCCGUGUGCGGGAAAGGCUUCCACCGGCCGUCGGAACUGAAGAAGCACUCGGUAUCGCACCGCACCAAGAAGCUCCACCAGUGCCGGCACUGCAACUUCAAAAUCGCGGACCCUUUUGUUCUCAGUCGCCACAUCUUGUCUGUCCACACAAAAGAGCAGCAGGCCUCGCCCGAAAAGACCGAGACUAAGGCGAGGACAGAGACGCACUCUCCUGUCGUAACCCCUAAAAAGUCUGCAGCUAGCGGGGCGAGUGCCUCCGGUCCACCUGCUAGAGUCAGCGCAGCCAGCUUAGCCAGCAGCGUGACUGUAGUUAUCGGCAAAGGCCAAAAGGAGAGGAGAAUCUACCAGUGCCAGUACUGCGACUACAGCACUGGGGACGCUUCAGGUUUCAAAAGGCACGUCAUUUCCAUCCACACGAAAGACUACCCUCACCGCUGCGAGAUCUGUUCGAAAGGCUUCCGGCGACCCUCGGAGAAGAACCAGCAUAUCAUGCGUCACCACAAGGACGUGGUGCAGGCAGAGUGACUGUGACCGAGCCAAAUAUCGUGCCAGACGGACGUUAAAGCAUCCAUCACACCCCAGUCGUUGCACUCUCAGCAGACAAACCUUCCGGUGUGUGCUGCACUUCAGUCCACUCUGUUGUUUUGCUCUUUCUUUUUUUCCUCCCCCAAUCCCCAACCCUAAUGUUUGCUCACAAAUGUAAACACAUGUACAUAACAUUAUUACUCCAAGAGUUAAGCCCUUCUUCCACAGGCUUGCGCUUUUAACUGCAUGUCCCUUUGCUGGUGACUGUGUGCAUGGCAGAUUGUGCAGAUGUCUUUUUUGUAGAUACACGUUUUUUGGAUUCAGCAGGUAGCAGUCCGUUCCAAAUUCACAACAGUCUGUGUGUCUUAAAUUUGAGGUGUAAUUUUCAGAGUUUUUAUUUUUUCAUCAUUUUGUUCAAAUACCUAACAGAGGUAUGUUAGCCUGUUUCGUAGCACUUGUGAAAAUGGGUUUAUAUAUAUGUGUGUGUGUGUAUGAGUGAGUGUGUGUAUGAGGGACAGAAAAAAAAAGUCAUUGUUGUGCUUCCCAGUGCUUUGACCCCAUCUUUCUGUAACAUAGUUUAUUUGUUCAGAGUAAAAAAAAUCAUUUUUUAAGCUUCACGAUCGCUAAAUUUAUUUAAUUUAAAUUUUUUUUUUACCAUGGUCACAAUAUGGUCUUGAUUUUAAAUUUCACAUAUACUCGUGACUCACGGUGCAAUCAUUGCCAGAAUCCCUCGAUGUCCAAUAUUUACGUUUCAUGUCUGUAGAUGUGCUGUGAGUUACUUGGAGCAUCGAAACAUCGGAGACAAAGCCCCGAAUUUCAGUAUUUUCAAAUUAAUUAGUGUUGCCAGAUAAGUGAAAUGUCACUAAUUUGAAUCAGCCGAUUGUUAAAUAAUGAAGAAAAUCUCUAAAAGUUUCACACAAUUGGGGAAAUCCUACAGUAUAUGUGGUGCUGCAAGCAUGAAACUACGGACUGAGCUUUGAUUUUACCAUCACAGAUGUACUUUUUUGCCAGUAGAAAGGGAAAAACGUAUAUCCUCAUUUUAGAUGCAACUUCACACGACAGGUGCUGGUGGUGUUCAUGUUUUAUGACUUUUUACAUUAUUUUUAACACCUGUGAUCWUUUUUUUUUGUUUUUAUAUUUAUUUCAUUUAUAACUUGUUGUAUAGUUAAGUGUAACUAGACUUCUAUGGGACGUAAAUUAUUGUUUUGUAUACGAAUCUGUACAAAACGUUGUAGAUGUAAACACUUGAUGACAAAGGAAAUCCUGAACUGUGUCGUUAUGGAUGUACGUCAGCAUAUUUGUUAAAAAAUGGACAAUAAAGCAAAAAAUAUUUUA